UUUGGAGCCAGAUCAUCUACCAGCUUCCGUCGCCUCCCAUCGUGUUGUCUGCGCCUUUCCUUUCUUCCUCAAAGUCAAAAAGGCGACUCGUUUGCUACCUCGCCGGCCUCUUGAUUGGGCUUCUCUCUUUUUCUUUCUACCACAAGACCACCUUUUUAGAUGACUGUUUGCAUAUAAUUCGCCCAUCAUGAGUUCUUUACGGUUCCUUGACCUCGUCAAGCCCUUCGUGCCGUUCCUCCCCGAGGUUCAGCAACCCGAGACCAAGAUCCCCUUCAACCAAAAGUUGAUGUGGACAGGUCUCACCCUCUUGAUCUUCUUGGUCAUGAGCCAGAUGCCCCUCUAUGGCAUUGUAUCCUCGGACACCUCCGACCCCCUAUACUGGCUGCGUAUGAUGAUGGCGAGUAACAGAGGAACGCUGAUGGAGCUUGGUAUCACGCCCAUCAUCUCAUCUGGCAUGGUUUUCCAGCUCCUCGCUGGCACCCACAUGAUCGAUGUCAACCUCGACCUCAAGUCCGACCGCGAGCUGUACCAGACUGCUCAGAAGCUUUUCGCCUUCAUCCUGUCUGCCGGCACUGCCACCGUCUACGUCUUCACUGGUCUCUACGGUCCCCCGUCCGAACUCGGCGCCGGUAUCGUCUUCCUCCUGAUUCUCCAGCUGUUCAUUGCCGGCAUGAUCGUCAUUCUUUUGGAUGAGCUUCUGCAGAAGGGAUACGGCCUGGGCAGCGGCAUCUCGCUGUUCAUCGCCACCAACAUCUGCGAGUCCAUCAUGUGGAAGGCGUUCUCGCCCACCAGCAUCAACACUGGCCGUGGCCCUGAGUAUGAGGGUGCCGUCAUUGCUCUGUUCCACCUGCUCAUGACCUGGCCCAACAAGCAGCGCGCUCUGCAGGAGGCCUUCUACCGCCAGAACCUUCCCAACAUCAUGAACCUACUGGCAACUCUGCUGGUGUUCUGCGCCGUCAUCUAUCUCCAGGGUCUUCGCGUUGAGAUCCCGGUCAAGUCCUCGCGCCAGCGUGGUGCCCGUGGCUCGUACCCUGUCCGCCUGUUCUACACCUCCAACAUGCCUAUCAUGUUGCAGAGCGCCCUUUCCUCCAACAUCUUCAUCAUCUCCCAGAUGCUUUACUCCCGCUUCCCCGAGAACCUCCUGGUCCGUCUCUUCGGUGUUUGGGAGGCCAAGGAGGGCAGCUCGCAGCUUUCGGCCAUCUCGGGUCUUACCUACUACAUGUCGCCUCCCAUGAACUUCACCGAGGCUCUGAUCGACCCCAUCCACACGGCACUCUACAUUGUUUACAUGCUUACUGCCUGCGCCGUCUUCUCCAAGACUUGGAUUGAGGUCUCAGGCUCCAGCCCCCGUGAUGUCGCCAAGCAGCUCAAAGACCAGGGACUUGUCAUGGCCGGUCACCGUGACCAGAGCAUGUACAAGGAGCUUAAGCGCAUCAUCCCUACUGCCGCCGCUUUCGGUGGUGCCUGCAUUGGUGCUCUUUCCGUCGCCAGUGAUCUCAUGGGUGCCUUGGGCUCGGGUACUGGUACCCUACUUGCCGUCACUAUCAUCUAUGGCUACUUCGAGAUCGCAGCCAAGGAGGGUGAUCUCGCUGGUAUGAAGGGCAUGGUUAUGGGCUGAGGUAGUCAAGUACUCACCCUAGAGUUGAAACGACUAUUUCAGACGAAAAAAUCAGAAUCUGUUCUUCUUUUGUCCAGUUUAAUCCAUCUGUAAUAAUAUUGCUGAGGUAUUAUACAGGGAGUUGAGGGUUCGCGAAUUUUUUUUGGGAGGCGGCUUCAUUGGGGGAAACCAAAAAUCAAAAAAGACUUAACAACACGGGAAAAGGCCCAUUUUGUUGCAAUUUCUGCAGGGGCUAAGCCAUAUAUUGAUGCAGUCCGGGCGUUUUUCUCCCGUUGUUAAAUAUCUGAAAAAAAAAACAUCAAUGGAAGCAAGCCUUGAGUUUAU